UAAUCAUAUCUUUCUGAGUUAUCUAAACUAGUUUUUGUUUUAUGAAAAAUGCUUAAUGCUCAGUUAUCUAAUUAUUGAUGUUUGGGAGGGGGAUGUGGGAAAUAGUUUAGGGCAAAUCUGCAUUAUUCUGGUGUUGCUUUGUAUUCUCAUUUUUAGUCUUGCAUCUGUCUUUUUGUUGGGAAUAUGUGCUUAUUUCUAUGAUUUAAAUUUAAACCAGUUAUUUAUUCAGAAUUUUGAACAGUAGAAUGGAGUCCUAGUGCUUGUUCAUUGUAAAGUAAAUAGUAACUUUGAAUGCCAACACUUUCUUUUCACAGGAUAGGACACGGUCUGUAUUAUUUUGUCUCUACCCAGUUUCCUUGUAGACCCUUCACAUAUUCUAAGUCAUCAAGCAGAAAUAGUUCAGAUCUGUAAGGUGCAAAAAUAAACCUAGGAUCUGCUGUGAUGGCAUCUGAUGACUUUGAUAUAGUGAUUGAGGCCAUGCUGGAGGCUCCCUAUAAAAAAGAGGAGGAUGAGCAGCAACGGAAGGAGGUUAAAAAGGACGGCCCUAGCAACACCAGCAGCAGCACCAGCAACAGUGGCAGUGGGAGCAGCACCAGUGUGGAGGCAAGCAAGAAGAAGAGCCGGAACCAUAGUAAAAGCAGGGAUAGAAAGCGCAGUCGUAGUCGAGACCGGGAUCGGCAUAGACGGAGAAGUAGUCGGAGCCGAAGUCGAGAUCGGCAGCAUCGUCACCACAGCCAAAGCUGGGAUCAUCAACAUAGUAGUGAGUCCAGAAGUCGGGUCCCACGUCGUGAGAAUCGUGUGCACUACAGGAGUCCACCACUUGCCGCUGGGCAUAGGUAUGGACACAGUAAGAGUCCUCAUUUCAGAGAGAAGAGUCCAGUCAGGGAGUCAAUUGAUAAUCUGAGUCCCGAGGAGCGUGAUGCCCGAACAGUUUUCUGUAUGCAGUUAGCCGCCCGCAUUCGGCCUCGAGACCUGGAGGACUUUUUCUCUGCUAUUGGCAAGGUUCGUGACGUACGUAUCAUCUCAGAUCGGAACUCACGUCGUUCUAAGGGCAUUGCCUAUGUGGAAUUCUGUGAAAUCCAGUCUGUGCCACUGGCCAUUGCGUUGACGGGGCAGCGGCUGCUAGGGGUGCCUAUCAUUGUACAGGCCUCACAGGCUGAGAAAAACCGACUGGCAGCCAUGGCCAACAGCCUGCAGAAAGGCAGUGGUGGCCCAGUGCGCCUCUGUGUGGGCUCCCUGCACUGCAAUAUUACCGAGGACAUGCUCCGGGGCAUCUUUGAGCCCUUUGGCAAAAUUGAUAAUAUUGACCUGAUGAAGGACUCAGAUACAGGCCGCUCUAAAGGUUAUGGUUUCAUUACGUUCUCUGACUCUGAGUGUGCCCGACGGGCCGUGGAACAGUUGAAUGGCUUUGAGCUUGCUGGUCGACCUAUGAGAGUUGGCCAUUUGACUGAGCGACUGGAUGGUGGCACAGACAUCACUUUUCCUGAUGGAGACCAGGAGCGGAACCUGGGAUCAGCAGGUGGACGUUUGCAGCUCGUGGCCAAAUUGGCAGAAGGCUCUGGAAUCCAGCUGCCAACCACAGCCGCUGCUGCCGCCGCCGUUGCCCAAGCUGCUGCUUUACAGCUGAAUGGAGCAGUUCACUUGGGGGCCCUAAACCCAGCAGCUCUGACUGCUCUGAGUCCAGCCCUGAACCUUGCCUCUCAGGCAAUUGCCUCCCAGUGCUUCCAGCUUUCCAGCCUUUUUACCCCCCAGGCCAUGUGAGUCGCAGGACCUCAUUCAUUUUAGACUCUGGUUGUUUUCUUUCGUUUUACUUCCAUUUACCUCUUCUCUUUGCCCCAAGUAAAUCAGUGGCAUAGUGCAUUGCCUCCCUAUGCCUCUGGGUCCUGCCACUCUCUUCAUAUCUGCCAGUCUACGGCCCCUUCUAUCCAUUUUGUGGAUCAAGCCAUCCUGAAGCCAUGGACAUUAACUCUGGGGGAGUUGGGGUCACCCGUAGACACCAAGAAGAGCUUCUG